AACAUUUCAUUCGAUUCAUUCCGAGAAAGCGUUCUACCGGUUUCGCGAAUAAUCGGUAAAUGUACCCUUUGGUAAUCCCAGUGAACCCGUGCCUUGGCAUUGUGCGCCGCGUGAGAACGCACGUUUCACAGUGAAGAUCCGGACUCGCUUGAAGGCUCGACGGAAAAUUAAUGGAAAAGUGGACGUCGAACGCCAACGUUCGUUGCCUACCGACAGUGACAGAGGCGCCUCGUUCGAUUCGUGACAAUGAGGGAAGUCAACGUGGUCACGCGGUCAAAUAGUCGGGGAACUAGCCUAGCCGUUGGGACAGCAGUACAGGGACAGAGAUGAAAGAUUGCCGGGGGUGGCGUUUACCAGCCCAGCCUCGCGCGAGACGCGAACGUCUCGUCUGGGCUAGGAGAUUAAACAGAAAUUUUCCAAGUGGGAACGUUGAUCGAAGUGAGGAUGGAGCACAAGCAAACAAUCCUGCUUGCACCUGCGUUGAGCAACAGCAGCUGCUGGCGGCGAGACACGUCCGAGGGCGCGUGGACCGGACCAGGCCCAGGCGAGCUAUUACGCGCCACUCUGAUCCUCCUGCUCAGUCUUGGUAUUCUCUGCGCCAAUCUGUUAGUAAUAUGCGUGAUAAAUAGCAGACGGUACAGCAAGUACAUUCACGCGCAGCCGAAGUACUUAUUGACAAGUUUGGCGAGCAACGACCUCGCUAUUGGCCUCCUGGUUACGCCGUUCGGCUUCCUGCCGGCUGUCUACGGAUGCUGGCCGUACGGCGAAGUCGUCUGUCAGAUACAGGCACUACUUAGAGGAGCUUUAACCCAGCAGAGUGCUGUUAUCCUCGUCUGUAUGGCGAUUGAUCGUUACGUUUGUAUGCUGCACCCACAUCAUUAUCACAAACACACGUCUAAAAAGUAUUACAUGCGGCAGGGUUGCGUGGCAGUGAUGUCGACCACUUGGAUAGCAAGCGUGGCGAUUUUCGGUGCUCUCGUGCUCCCAAGAGGUGGUUAUUACUUCAACGGCUCUGGUCUCCUGGCCUGCGACCCUUUUUUCGCCAGGGCUUCCCUUAGGAUUCUCGCGUGCUGUUGUUUUUACUUUCCUACAACGAUGGUGCUGAUGUACUGCUACGGCUCGGCCUUUCACGUGAACAAACUGCGCCUGAAAAGGGUGGUUUGCGUUAACACGCCGGAGGUCGUUAGCGGAGGCCACGUGGAGAGGCUUGUAGCUCACGAGAGGCGACUGUCAACUUCUGCGUCGCGAACAAUGGCCGCAAUGAGUUUAGGAUUCAUUGUUAUGGUCACACCGUGGACGAUUCAGGAAGUUGUUGUAGCUUGUACCGGAAGCAAGCCACCGCCAUUCCUCGACUUCCUUGCCACGUGGCUCGCGCUUUCCAACAGCUUCUGGAAUCCGUUCCUCUAUUGGCUGCUCAACAAUCACUUUCGCCGUAUUUCAAGAGAGCUAUUCUACACUAAGGUACUCUGUAGGCAAAAGCCGUUGGGACCGAAGCAGCAUUGUUGCGCGACCAGCACAGGUGGUCUUGAUGUCUGCAGCGUGGGAGGAGUCGACUUGUCUGGUUUAGAGCGUUGCUCAAUAGACCGAUUUUCAAUGGCUCGGUGUUCCUCUUCGUCAUUAGCCAAUACGCCGCCACCACUUCCUUGGGAGACCGGACAUGUCCUACAUAAUGACGCUACGCCAACGUGAGUUAGGGAUGCCGCCACGCAAACGGAGGACUCUGGAUCCCCGACGCAUGCCAGUUAGUACAGCGUGGCGGCAGAAUGGCACCCCGUGGCUGGUGACCUUGGAGCAGGAGGCAGCCGGUUCUUUCGAAACAACUCGUCCUCGUCGAUAAUGGAACGAGGUUGCUCGUUGCACGAGGACGCCGCGCAAACCGGACGGUUCAAUCGCCGAUUCCGUUUCGAAAGUAACCGCUUCAAAAGCGUGCCGGAUUUAAUACGAGACCUCGAGUUUAAUUGACGCGAUGUCGAUAACGUUACCGUAU